AUGAUUCUAAAACCCCCAAAGCAAGACCCUUCAAUCCUCCCUCUCGUCCCGCAUCUCCCCCAAAAUGAACCAGAAACUGAACCUAAAGUAAUGACCACUGAGACAAAAGAGCUCUCGGUAGAGACUGGAGCUUUGAGAAAUCUAAACAGACCCCAUUGGGGUUGUUGGCCCCUGAUGGUCUUGACGAUGCCGAUGAUGUCUUUGACGACGUCGAGAAUGUCCUUUGACGACGUCGAGAAUGUCCUUGACGAGAGUCAAGAACUCCAGGACGUUCUUGAGGACGGGAACGGCGCCGGCGACGAAGCCGGGCAUGGCCGCAGCGACGGAUUUGACGAUGGCGAGCAUGGCGGGCAUGCUGGCGGCAACGACGACGGCGACGGGUGGUGGUGGCAGCAGCGGCAGCAGAGCGGGUCUCUAUCGUUCGUAUGGUUUGCCUCGUUUGCAUAUAGAUUCCAAUGGAAUCUGGCGGCUGGGAACGACGACGAUGCAAUGAGGUUGAUGAAUGAGUUCGAAAGCUUGAAACGACGUUUUGACAUUGACACGGACACUGAGGUUCUGCCACUGGCUAUGAACCUAGAAACCAGUGACUACUAUGAUACAAAUGACGGUGAAGUCAUCUUGCAAAGCGAGGACUUGGAGGAACUGUUUCAUCCUAUUAUCGAAAACGUGACAGGACUCAUCAGCAAACAAGCCGUCAGAACUAAGGCUGAAAAUAAGUUCCCAAUCUCUAUAAGUCAAGCCAGUUUAGGCCGGUUAAAAGUAGCUAAAGUGACUUUCUAA